AUAAACAGUAAUCUAAAACGUAGCUUUUUGUGGUGUAUCUCCCCCGUGUAUUUGUGUCUUUUUUUCAGUGUUUUCCAGGCAAUUGAAUGUGCUAAUUGAUACCAAUCGUACCAGCAAUUACAAACUUCUGAAGGAAUUUUCAAGUUGUACUUUGACAGCGCCAGUCAGUUUCGAUCGCUUUUUCCAUAAGCUUUCAGCGUUUUUAGUUCGACACCACACGGGACGAGACUCUCAACAGCAAGCGAAAAAAAAAGAAGAAAAAUCCAAAUUCAAAACGACAUAAAGAGAAAAUAGAAACAAAAAAUCGACUUUCAUUUCAUUUAUCGAGCUUCCUUUCCCAUUCAUAAACGCAACACACCACAUUUCAACGUCCAGCGGACACACACGGAUUAAUUCCAUACACGAAGCAGAAGAAAAAAAAGUGUUGAAGAGUAACAAAUUUCAGUUCAGUUAAAACGUGAAGCAAAACGCCAAGGGCGAAUAUCUCAUCACAUUGGAUAUAAUUGGAUACGAAUAGAGAAAAAACGCUAACGAAGGAACGAAUUUUUGAAGAAACCACACAGUAAUAGUUGAAAAUAAAUAUGUUCUCCGGAUUAACGAAUCAAGUCAGCUCAUGGAUGGGCAACGUAAAGGGCGAGGAAGGUGAUCCAGCCGCACAAGGAGUUGCCGAACCAGGACAAAGUGAAAUUGCCGCCGAUGCUGGCGAACAAUCAUUCGAAAAUGUUCCAGUUGGCGAGGAAGGUGAAGCCGCUGCAACUAGUCCAACCAAAGGGGCUGGCGUAUUUUCAAGUUUUCAAUCGAAAGUGAGCGGAUGGGUACCGUCAAUGCCUACAGUGUCGAUGCCUGCAAUGCCAAAUGUAUCACUUCCCAAUGUUGCUUUGCCAAAUAUGCCAAACAUUCCCGGUUUGAAAAAGAACAGCACAAGCGCUGACACCGAGGGCGCCGUUGAAGCGGCUGAAAAUUUGGACAACGCAACCGGUGGCGGUGGUGAUGAUGAUGAGGACCGAUCUAGGUAUAUCAGUGCAACCGAAGGUGCAGAUUCACGUCCAGCUAGCGGCCCAGGAACCCCAUCCGAUGAGAAGGGUGGACAAGUUGGCAUGGUCACAACGAAAGUUACACAAGGUGCAAAGAACUUUGGAUCAUUCUUGUAUUCAGCUGUCAACAAAGCGAGCUCAAAAAUUAAGGAAACAGUCAAAGAUAACAACAUUCUCGGUGAGUUUAACAAAGAGCAGGAAGAAUUCAUUAAGAGCCAACAAGGCAUUCAGAGUGGCAUGGUACCAUGGGCUGGACAUCAAAAUGAGGAAAAAGUCAAAGAAGAAGUAUUGGGAUUGUCAUCGGAUCGUCGGAAUUUCGUUCGUGCACCACCAGCUGGAGUAGAUUUCGAAUUCAAUUAUGAUUUGUCAUAUCCAACAGCCGUUGCAAUUAUGACCGAAGAUUCGCAAUUAGAGAAGAUGCGCUUCGAUUUGGUCCCUAAAAUCAUCACCGAGGAGCAAUUUUGGCGAAAUUACUUCUAUCGCGUAUCGUUAAUUUGUCAAGCAUCCGAUCUGGGAACGUUAGGGGCACAAGAAAGUGAAAAUGAAGAAUCUCUUAACUAAUUGAAAUAUCAGAGAAUAAUCUGAAUUUAAAGACAAAAAUCAUCAAUAUUGCAUUGUAAUUACUAACAACAACAACCAAAAAAAAAUAAAUAAAUUUAAAUAAUCACAAAACAACAACAGCAACAGCAACAGCAACAACCAGACAAAGAAUAAUUAAGCAAUUCUAUUUGAAUUAUCGUCAAAAGUGGACAUUGUAUCCGUAUUUUUAGAAGACUAAAUGGCAUUGAAUAUGCGGAGAAAAUCGAAAUUAAUGGAACAGGCAGAUUUUUUUUUUUUGUUUCGGUCAUGUGUAAUUAACCGGAUCGAGAGUUCAAUUGGUUCUCAUUUGUAUAGUGAACAACACAAUUCAUACCAUUUAUUUUGUAAAGAUCAACAUCAAUUUUGAGAUAUAACACAAAUUGAACACAUGUAACUAAAACCAGCAUACACACGCAUAACCAAAGCAAAUAUCAGUAACAACAACAAGAAACCAAAAAAAAAAAAACUAGUAGGCAAUAAUAUAUUCAAUGAGAUCUUUUGCAUAAAUUGCGCGCGCGUUCGCACUUAUUUAUUUUUUUCGGCCAUUCUUUACUAUGAAAGCAAUUUUUAGUGCAUUCCAGAGCAUAAUCGAUCGCUUUUUUGCGCAAACCAACGCCUAAUUGAAACAAAAAAAAAAGAAACAGUUUGAAUGUUUUUUUUUCGUUUUAGAUUGUUGAUAAUAAGUGAUAUGUUUUCGUUUCGAUCAAGCGAUCACAGUUUAAAUUGUUUAGACAUACAAAGAAGAUAAAAAAAAUAUGUUGUGAUUGUUAUAUCCAAUAGUUGAGACAUUGGACAAUUCCCAUUGAUUCACUCCUCCCAAAAUAAAACCAGAAACUAAUUGUUUUUCCCAUCGAAACACGAGUUAAUUCGGCUUAACGACGCUAGAAAAUAAAAAAAAAAACGGGGGCCGUGGCAUAUUACGGAUAUAUUAAUUUCCAUUGCACUUGUUAUUGAUUCAGAAAGGAAACGAUAUCAGAUCGCGCGACGAAUGUAUACUAAAAGAAAGAAACCAUUUAUUUACUCCAAACCAGUUGCAAUCGAUGUUUUUUUUUUUCGUUCUUGCUGUGUAUCCCAACCACGUUCACCAAUCUAUUUCGAUUUUUAAUGAAAUUUUACUAAUAAUUGAGAGUAAGGAUAGUCUUUAAAAAUAAAUUACAAUCCAGUCAAAAUGAUUCUGUAUUAACAAAGCCACAUACAAUUGCAAACGAACCAUUUCCUAUCGGCAGAAAUACUCGAAAUUUAAUUGAUGCCGCGGCGCAUUAAUAGGCUACUUUACUUUCAUGUUUUGCGAACAGAUUUAUACAUAAAUUUCCGCUAAUGCGCCUAAUGUAAAAGAAAAAGUUCCCGUUCGUGUUUCGGCUUCGUCUCUAUUAUUUUGUAAAUUGCAUUUUCGAGGCGAUUUCUGUACAAAACGGCAAUAAAUUGGAAUCAAGCUCAAAGUUAUCGGAUACGUUCACGUUUCAGUUUUUGAUUUUAUUUGAAUGAAUGUUUUGUGGUAGAUAAUGUCUAUAUAAUUAACCCUGGAACACGUGCAAACUAGAGAUUAAAGAUGGCAAAAAAGCCGCUUUAUCCAUUUCUUUUUUGUGGUUGGUCGUAAAGAAAGUCUUUUAAAAAUGUUGAUCCAUAACAACCACAAUACUUUCGAUAUUUUAGCUAAAAAUGGAUUUAAAAUGAAGUUAUUUGAAAAGUAAGGUGUUCAACUGAGAGAACAAAAUAAGGACGAUGAAUGGUACUUUUCAUUUGCUAAGCAACGCAACGAUGAAAUGUCUAACAAAAAAUACCAGCUAAAUGUUCCUGUUUUCUCAUUUUCAUGUGUAAAAUGGUGUUGUAACAAAAACCAACCAAAAGAAAAAACUUCAAAAUCAAACCCAAAAAAAAAAUGCAAACUCUACUUAUUAUUCAAACCGAAUAUUUAUUAUUCAUUGUAUUCUAGAGAGAAAUAAAAACCAAAACAAAACUAUGGAAAACUCCGUUGCAUAUAAAAAAAAAAGCCACAGCUUUUACAUAUAUUAUAAUUACAAUUGAAAUUUAUAAAAUCUAGUGAGAAAAAAAAAGAAAAUAUCUUUAAACAAACAAAUACGUUACUCUAAUAGAUAUUUAUUCAAGAAAAUAACAAAAAAAAACAUCAAGUGAACAGAAAAAUAAAAUUUGAACAUAUACAUAAACAAAUCUAUUAAAUUCUAUCAAACUUUACCAAACAAACAAAAAAAAAUAUUUUUUGUCUUUCGCUAUUUCUACGUUUCUGUGUGUUAAUUUUUAACCCUUUGUUAAAUGUGUCCACACUUCUCCAAAUCGCUUUCUGUACAUGUAAACCAAAACCAAGCCAUAUUGUGUGUGCAUGCUGAAGGUAUGUGAAUGAAUGCGAGAAAAUGUUUCGAUGAUUUCAGUCAAUUUGAUUUCCAGUUUUUUUUUUCUUUCAAUUUCCCUUCACCUGGACACAAAGUGAAUGCACACAAUGAAAGAAAUGUCCAUUUUCAUUUAGAAAUGAUGAUGAUGAUGAUGACACUGACAAGUCGAUGUACUUCCAAAUCAUUUUUAAGCACCGAAACGAAAAUAAUUUGUUGGAAAUGCUGGAACAUUUCUCACACACACACAAGGCUAUAUAUCUCCCGCUGUCUCUGUUUAACUCAAUUGAUUUUAUUCGGCUCUUAUUCCAUGUAAAUAUUUACUUUAGACACCUCCUUUAAACGGCAUCCAACAGCAAUCAUCAAAUGGCUAUCGAACGCGUAACACCUCUUUUCUUCUCUUCUUUUCCGGCUUUUCUGUUUUCUUCUGAGCAAAAUGAAAGCGAACAUUUUCGCUUGAAAAACUCUUGCAAUUUUUCCUAUGUGUGUGUUCGUAUGGCCAUUGUGAUGUUCGUGUCAUGGAUGUGGGUUAUGGGCCUUCUCUAAAAUAUAAACAACAACAACAAAAUAAUAAAUAACAAAAACCAAACGAUUGUCAACCAUUUGAUUUUAGAAUUUGAAAGUGAAUGAGUGUGGUUUGUAUAAAUUAAAUUUAGUAGAUCAAAAUGAAACGCAUCAAAUGUAUUUAAAAGAGAGCAACCAAAAAAUAAAAUGCAAUUUUAUGGAAACGAAAUAGGUACGGAGAAUAGAGCAAAUGAAUACAAAUUGAAUUCUUUAACAAAAAAAAAAAAAAAAAACAGACUACUAGUUAAUCUAAAUGUGCAUUUAAAAAAACAAUUUGAAGAAGAAAUUUAUAUACAAAUAUACAAAAAAAAAAGUAUUACAUCAUAUAUUAUACAAAAAAAAAGAGAGAAGUGAAUGCAAACAUGCAAACAAUAAAAGAACAUUUAUUAUUGUAAUCGAAACAAACAAAAAAAAAACAUUUUAAAAAAAGACAUUCAAACUAUUCAGUGAGAUGAAAUUAAGAUUUAGCAAAUCGAAAUUGUGAAUAGGGACAGAAAAAAAAGACAAAAUGGAAAUCAAUCACAAACAAACAACAACAACAAUUGUGUAAAAUUCAUCAUCAGGUACUCUUCUAGGUUUGUUCACUUUGUUGCUACUUGGACAAUCGAAUCGUUUCCUUGUGGCCGAUAAAAAAAACAACAACAACAACAUCACCCAAAAACACUAUCAAAUGACAUUUUAAUUCAUAUUUAGAACGUAUGACUCUCUCUCUCUCUUUCUCUCUCACUUUCCGUGCCGAAAUAAUGUUUGCGUUGGAUCUUCUGGUUGAGCUGAUAAUCGUAGCAAUUCCAAGCACAACUUACUUUACGUUGAAAUGGACGGUUUUUUCUUUCGUUUUGGUAUCUUUUUCUUUGAUAGCGGGAUGGAGCGAUGUAAAUCUGGAAUCUAUCCAUUUUCGAAAUACAAAAAUAGAACACCUUUCCCAUUUUCCCGAUAUCGAUUUCGAAAAAACACAUUCAACAGAAAAAAAAAAAUGAAAUGAAAAGAAAAACGGAAUCGAAAACACUGCCACUUAAUGCGAUUUUAUACACUAUUGUAGCUCUAUAUUUCUUUGAAACAUAUGAACAACAACAACUACAACAAAAGAAAACAGUCAAUAAGUUUCGUAGAAACCUUCAAGAAAACGAAAACGCACAACUCGUAAUUUUUCUAAAAAACAAUCCGCGCAUCAAUUGGGAUAGUACUAUUAAAUCAUGUUUAUUGAAUUGGGUAUCAUUUGGGAAAAAAAUUGUGUUGUUUCUUUUUUUCCUUUCCUGAAUUCUGAUGACAAAAAAAAGAAGAAAACCGUUGACUUGUUGACAUUUUGUUCCGCAUCCAUCCCGCUAUUCGAGCCAUCGAUGGCUUAUUAUAAUUUCCAUAUCAUUCGAAAGCCUGAUGCCUAACACGGCCGAUUCAAGGCAAGUUGUGCACUUCACUUUUAUAUAUCGGAUGGGGGCGGUAAACAUACCACACAUACACACGCAGAUUCACCAUAGUUUCCGGCUGUUUUUUUUUUCUUUCUUGUCGCUUGUAAUUUUCAACAUGUGAAAAUUGAUAUGUGUUUACAGAAGAGCAAUGGGAAAAAGAGUUGGACAAUGAAUUGCAGGAAUUCGAAUUGGUUGGCGAUAAUGGUGCAUCCAAUAAUGACGAUGCCAAGAGUGAUGAUUGGGAGAAAGACGCAGAUGGCUUACUUGACGACGACGAAGAAGACGAAGAAGAUCUUAAAUAAGAAAGAAGUACAUUCAAUACCAAUGUCAAUAAUAUUAAUAAUAGUUUUGCUUCUAACUGGAACGAAAUUCUCGUCUUAGUUCAAGAAGAAUUUUCCUUGAAUUUAAUUCGUCUAUUUGUAGAUUUUCACCAACAAUUUAUGUGGAAUUCGUAGGCUUUUUUUCUCUUUAUGUAAAUUAAACACUUUCUUUCGUAGAGCUUGUAUUUUAUUUCAAGAAAAAAAUUUGAUUCGGUGAGCCUAUCCAAUUUUCAAAAAAACACAUUAACGCUCCAAAUCAUCAUUUUCAUCAUCAAUAUGGCAACCAAACUCACAUCAUUCGAUCUGAACAUGCAGAGUGAUGAAGAUGAAGAGAGAGAGAGAGACAGAGAGAGAAAUCUAUCAAGAAUAUAACAAAUAGACAAGUAAACAAACAAAUAAAAUUUCAAAAAACUAAAAAUUGUACUUAUUUGUGACUAAGUAAGAAAAAAAAAUAUUUUGAAUUCAAGACAAACUAUGCAAAAUGUGUAGACAAGAUCGAAGCAUCUCGCAUUUAAAUCGUCGAGCCCAACCACGACAUAAGCGCGCAUAAGUGACAAAUUAUAAUGUAAUUAUAAAAGGAAAUUCAAUAAAAAUCAAUAAACCAAAGCAUUAUUUGCGGUAAAUAA